GGUAGGACGGAUGGAAUAGACCGGUCAAGGUAUAAUGUUGAAUAAGGGGAUGUGCUUGUUUUCUUUUGCCAGGGAACUUAAAAAGAAGAGGCUGUCAAGAUGCCUGAGACUGGCGGCGCAUCAGUUGUUCCCAAGAAGGGCCUGACAYUCGAUGACCUCAUCGCGGCCAUCGACCGGCAUGAAAGGAACCCGAGCAACAUCCCAAAGGUCGAUACUUUCCAUUUCUGUGGGGAGAGAGUCUCAGAAUGGCUAGAGCGGGUGGAACAAGCUUUGGCUGGGCGGCCGGAUGUUGUAAAGUUUCAACGCAUCCUUCAGUAUGUCCUCCACAACUACCAUCAGGAGGUGAAGAAAGUCAUAGAUGCUGCUCAAGGUAGCUGGGAGAGGUUCAAGGAGGGGAUGCAGAGGAAAUACUGCCUGGGAGACGGGUUCUUGACUACCACGGACCUUGAAGCGAUGAACAAAGAGGAUUUUACGACUAUAGGGGCCUUUGUUCAAGAAUUUACGAAGAGGGCGCGAAAGGUCCAUGAGAUUUCGGAGGAAGCACAGUGCUCCAUCUUCCUGAGCUACUCACAGCAUCGGAGGCCGUCAACGAUAGAGGAGGCUGGUCAGGAGGAGCUCUGGGAAGAGGAAGAGCCGGUGCCGCAGCACCUAACGAAGGUCCAACGCAAAGUGCGUAAUUUGGCGCAGGGCGGACAGGGAUCAGGAAAAGCGCAGGCGCCUCACGCCGAGGCAGCAGACCCUUUAAAUGUGGCGGCUCCAUUAUCCCCGCGACUCCGCGAUGAACUGAAAGGGAGGUUAUCACGGCGCCUGGUGCCCAAUGUCCAUCUGGGCACGAUCCUGCCCAAGGAGGCAGAGUGGGCAGAGUCGGGUACGAAGAUGAACUGGAAGUGCGUAGCCUACGGUACGGUGGAUUUGAUAGUGAAGGGUUCCAAGUGCGCAACAAUGGUGGACACCGGGGCGGAGAUGAACAUUAUUCGGGAGGCGGACGCGAUCAGAUUCGGGCUGGAUAUAGACCGUUCUGACUGCGGUAUUCUGCAUGGAGCCAGCUGUAAGGCCAUGUUUUGCGGGACAGCCUCGAAUGUGCUCGUCGAGGUUGGAAAGGUGAAGGCCAGGGCAUGCUUCUUCAUAAUGCCGGACGUGGACCAUGGAAUCCUUUUGGGGAGGUCAUUCCUAAGAAGGACAGAGACCGUGAUGUUCAACAAACAUGAUGGGACGUUGAUCGUCUUCUUAUGCGAUCCUGCCUACGGGAAUUAUGAAAUAAUUACUUGCAGGAACACCGGGCCAAGGAGUAUAAGGAACCGGCCCAAUCCAGGAUCAUUCACAAUCGAGGAGUCGGAAGGGGAGCGCAGGAGGCUCUGGGCAGAGCCCGAAGCAGGAGAGAGGGUGGAAGCAUUUUCCCUCAGCCUGUCAGAUGUUGGGAAGGCCAUGGACCUGGUGGCCGUGCAUGAGAUGGCAGAUCCGGAUGCCAUCCAGGCCUUGAGGGAACAAGUUCUGGAAUGCCCUGAGGCAGGAAGGUUGGAAUUGAUAGGAGCGAUAGAAGAAAGGAUCCAGGAGGCGUCUGACCAGGUGGUGAGAAGUCGUAUGGACGAUAAGGCUCGAUGGGAUCAAUCUGCGCUGGUGAGGAAAGUACCCUUGGCAGUUAGAGAUGUCGUGCUUCUCUACGAUUCAUCACUGGAGAAGAAAUGGUCCAGGAAGCUCGAUAAGAGGUGGUUAGGUCCCUACCGGAUCGUACGGGUCGGAGACUUCGGAGCGUAUCGGAUAGAGGAGCUAAAUGGGACAAAGUGGAAGGAUUGGGUAUUUGGAACGCGACUGAAGAAAUUCGUGGCGAGAGAAGAGAGGAGUCAGAGGUCGAGGGACCCUGAGCCCAGGGAGGUGAGACCGUCUCGGGGAGGACGGAAGACCCUCGCUAGGAGAGAGGAGGAGCCGGGGCGGGAUCCAGAGGUUGAAGAGCGAGGGGCAUACCCUGAGUGUGGGUUGGGACCAGUGGAGUUCCAUCAUUUUACUGAGGGUGGAUUGAGGAGGUCACCAACACACACACGGGAGGAGCCGCCAGUGUCUGAAAAGCCGUUGAGAGAGUUAGAGACGCAUCUGGAUAUCUCUCAGUGGAGAGCGUCGCCUCAGGAUGAGAAGCAUGAAGAGCAAGUAGAAGGGGCGCCACGAGAGGAGGUACCACAAGAGGAGGUGUCACGAGAGGAGGUGCCACGUGAGGAGGUACCAUUAGAGGAGGUGCCACGAGAGGAGGCGCAGGGUACUCAGCAAGAGAGCAGGCUAGGCGACAUGGGGAGACGUGCAGGGAAGGAAGUGAUAGAGGUUGGAGAGGACACACCCCCACAGGCGCCAACAAUGGGUUUGAGACUCGGGGAUGCACCAGGGAGCGCUCGUCAGGCAGAGGAGAGAUUGCGGAGAGAGGAGGCCCCACUUCCUUCAUCAGAGAGGGCUCCAUCGCCAGAGGGGAGAGCCGGCAGGAGGAGAGAAAGGGCAGCUGUAAGGAGGGAAGCCUUGACCCUGAUUGAUAGGCACCUAGCAGCUUAUGCCCUGGAGCAUCCAGACCUGGAGGAGCCAGCACCUGCAGAGCCGCGCCGGGAGCCGUACCAACCCGAGAAGGAGAUGGAAGCAGAAAUCCCGAAGAGGGUCAACCUCCGCACGAGGGAAAGGGCGCGAGCUGGAGAGACGGCUGAAGAAAAGAGGGCGAGAAGAACUAGACGGAUAGAUGAGAUAUGGCAGGAGAGGCAGAGGUUGGAGGCAGCGGGGGAGCUCCCGGAGCAGCAACAGGAGAGGCAGAGAUCGGAGGCAGCAGGAGCACUCCCAGGUCCGCCACUCAGCGCACCAGCUAGGGCCCCGGAGAUUCCUGAGAUGUGGAGAGACUUAUGGGAGCAGAGAGGAGAGGAACUUCCAUCGCCAGUCAGAGCCGGGUUCGGGGUGGCCAGGAAGGCGGAAGAGAGGUUAGAUCCUAUCAUCGAGAGCCUGAGGCAGCAAACCYAGGGAAGGGUGGACAGGCCAAAGAGCAGCAGGCAGGGAGAGCAGAGGCAGCCAGGACAGGGAUUGCCAGGACAGCCAUCUGCAGCAGAGCCUCGCCAGAAGCCACCUAUGGGGAGAGUUAUCCUAGAGCCAGAGGAGGCGAGAGCCCAGAGACAGGCAGAGAGAGAGGCGUUCGAGUUUAGAGCCCCUACUGAGCUCGCGACGCUGUCAGUGGCGGCGGCAGGCCCGGUCGUACCUUUGGCAGUAGAGGAGGGGCUGCCACCAUCUAGCAGUGAGCCGGCUUAGGGCUCAGCAGAGGGAUCCAUGGGCGUGCUCCUUGAGGCGGUGCAUACUAUGCAGGAGGAGGUGAGUUUGUUUUCACCUAAGCAGAGGAUAAAGGAGCCUCUUGAGA